AUUUGCUCCGGCUCGGUUUUCCGACAGAGUUGUUAAGGUAGAUUUAACUUUAAGGGGGUUCAGGCUGAGCAAGGCUGACUAUAAAUUCCAACUCACUGACUGACUGGCUGCCCAGUAGCAACUCACCCUCAACCAACCAACAAAACAUGCCAAGAACCGAACCACCACCACUACCACCUCGACUAUCCCAUCACCACCAACGACCUCAACAGCAGCAGCCAAUUAGCACUGCCCAGGACAUUGAUGAACCACCACCUGCAUACACCCCCUCGCCUGAAAACGACGUCUGCGUACUCGAAGUCGGGCCCCAGUACCCUUUCGGACCCAGCCAGGCCUCAUCACCAUCCAACCAGACACCCAACCCAACCGAACAUCAUCAUCAUCAGCAACUGAACCAUCAAGCACAAACUCAUCAUCAUCAUCAUCUACAACCACCCCCAACAUCUCAUCAUCAACAACCAAAUGCCUUCCAAAACCCGACCGUCCCCAGCCCUCCGUUCCCCGCACUCAGUGAGCCAACAACCGUUCCGACCCCGGGCAGACCCCUGCUGUACGAGCACAGGAUCCUGGUCUAUCCUUACGUCAAUGGGACCGCCUACUUUUGUCCAAAAUGCUGCAAUACCGGAUUCAAAGGAUUCGACCCCUACAGACCAUGUCGCAAAUGUUGGUUGAAGUAUGGGAAACCAUGGCAAGCCGUCCGGCUCUCGCCGAUGACCAACUCGUCCCCAUGGACCCUCCAGCGCCCCUUGCCGCCCACCCAGAUGGCCGUCAACCCGCCCCCGCUCGUCGUCCGGCCGGGAGACCCCCGAAUCGGCGGACGUCUGUGUCUCAACUGCAACGGCUCCGGCCAGAAGACGGAGGAGCUUACUCUCUUUAACGUCCUGCUCGGCGGCGGCGGCCAGGAGGUCUGUCCUAGCUGUAGAGGCACCGGAAGGAUCUUCUUCUGAUCCCCCCCUCUCUCUUUCUCGCACUACUCUUCGCUCUUUCAUCGGACGUUUCUUUGGCUGUUGUCGUUGUUUAUCCUUCAAGAAAUCCGAUCGGAAAAAAAAGAAGACAAUUACCCAUCCCUCUUCCAUCAAAAAACUCUCGUACCUGAUCUUACCCAACCAACCCGUUCCCAAAGUCUGUCCAUCUUUGACCCACUUAAUCAUCCACUCUUACCCCUUUUUUGUUUCUGUCAGACCCUUAUCCCAACAUACAUAUAAUCUCUUUCCUGGUCGAAAGAAAAUAGGAACAAACACGCAAGAAAAGCUGGUUUGACAUUCAUACACUCACACAAACAAGCUUGAUUCAUUUACCCUAUGUCACAUACAUCUCUAUUCCAAUCAAUCUCUGGACUAUCUCCUCUUCUCUUUUCCUUUCAUUCUUCCCUUUUUUUUCACCUUGCUUGUUGCAUCUGUAUGUACAAUUCUAAUCUGUACUUUGAAUUCUUGUUGUUUGUUUUUUUUUGUCUUUUUUUUUGGUAUUGAUUGACAUUGAUUGUCACCAACUAUCUAAAUUAUCUAUAUUUUUUUCUCCUGCUUGAGUCCCCUCUCCCACAAGAGCCCACUCAAGUGCCUUUCUUUCUUUUUACUUCUUGGGUGUUCAAAUAUUCCUUGAAUCUUUCCUUGAAAUGGUCUUUGAAUGUGAAGAUGAUGGACAUGACAUGGCCAUGAUGUCCAGCUG